UGUGUGUAAGUCGUCAUAUCAACAGGAAUCGAAUUGGACAUUAUUUAAUAUUUUGGAAGGACUGUGCGUUCGUUCGCAAAUUGUUUACAUUGCACAAUGGCGAACUUUCUAUUUAUGAAUACUUUCUACACAUUUCUCGUGAAACACUAUAAAUGUUGGAUGUUUAUGUGGAAAAGUGUUGUGUUUACGAUAGUUGCCUCGCUUGUGCUAUGCUGGAUACCAAUAUUUAUGUUUGACAAAGGUGUGGAACAAGAGAAAACAUUUGUUUCGCUCCCAGAGAGCGAUAUGCUUACGUUUUUCCCAUCUGGUCAAGAGGACAAUUUAAUGUACACACCAAAUUCAACGUUCAAUGAUAAUUUGAUCGAAUGUCUUCGGCACAAAUUGCAAAUUAUUGAAGAAAGAGUUAUUGCAUUUCCCGACGAAGACAUGCUUCUUCAUUAUUUCGAAAAACAUCGCACGAACCGAGAUUUCGCUAUAGUUUUCGAGCCCAGCGAAAAUGACGACAAGGAAGCACCGAAGAAACUCAACUACACCAUCCGAACCAGAAACAACCAUUUUCGGACAAGUGACAUCUAUGUGAACGAUGUUUUUGAAGUUGCCAUGAAAGAUAUCGACGAAUACAUCGAUAGCGGAUUUCUGGCACUGCAACAAAGUUUGGACCGAUGUUAUCUGGAAUAUGCUGGCGUUGACUUGUCAUCGUAUGAGUUUGAAUAUCAAAAAUUUCCGUUCAACGCUCGUAAUGCUAUGUUCGUUGGAUUGGAACAGAUUGGUUUCAUGCUCUUGGUGUGCACCUCGUUCGUGCUGAUUGUGAUGCUGUUAAUUCCUCUGGUACAAGAAAAGGAGAACGGAGUAAAGGAAUUUCUUCGCAUCGCCACAUCAUACAGCUAUCUGAACAACUUUACAUUGUUUAUCCUCUCGUUAGCUGUCUGCAUGCUUUUAUGGAUAAUUGUUUACGUAUCGGCCAUAGGUUAUCGUUUUAUUGGUCAUGUUGAUGUGUGCAGUGUCUUUGUGAUAGCCGUGUGCUAUCUGUUGUCAUCGGUGUCGUUUACGUUCAUGGUAUCUGUGAUGUUUCCAUCUGUCUUUUACGCAAAGGUCGGUUCAAUGUUGGCAUUCUCUUUGUCAUUUCUGGUUUGUUGGCUAAACCGCGAAAAGACAAGGUGGCUAAUGCCGUUUUUUAACAAUGCUAUGAUCGUUGACACGUUCAGUAUGAUCGAUUCAUACGGAAAACGAGGUCUUACAUUCAAGAUAGGGCGCAAUGCUAAUGAUCACUUUGAAGAUUACUAUAGUCUCGGGGAGACUCUCGGAUUCUUUUUGAUGGACACCAUUUUGUAUUUGGCUGUCUACUACUACUUCUCGCAAAUAUUUCCUGGCGUUUAUGGUACGGCACGACCAUUCUACUUUCCUUUCACGUCGUUGCGCUGUUGGAAAAAAUCCGGAGCGAAAUCAAUUACAUCGGCAGAAGAGGGACUAAAUACUUCACCGGAUGUGGCCGUUCGCAUUCACGGGCUAACAAAAGUCUUUCGGUCUUCGUUCGGUCGUAAGAGUAGGGUAGCUGUAAAUCGACUAACGAUGGAUAUACCAAAGAAUCAAAUUACAGUGCUGCUCGGUCAUAAUGGUGCAGGUAAAACGACCACAAUGUCCAUGAUCAGUGGAAUAAUAUCGAAAACGAGCGGAACCAUUUCUGUGAAUGGCGAAGAAGACAUCAACCGAUACAGACAUAUGAUUGGCUAUUGUCCGCAGCAUAAUGCGUUCAUGCGAUACUUCACCGUUAAGGGCCAUUUGAUGUUCUUCGCUGCUCUGCGUGGGCUUAAUAAACAGGAUGCCGAGAGCCAAGUGAAACAAUUGCUCUACAAAUUGCAUCUGAUGGACAAAGCCAACGAAUACGGAAACAAUUUAUCCGGUGGAAUGAAGCGUCGAUUAUGCCUGGGAAAUGCGAUCGUUGGAAAUACUCAAAUUGCUAUUUUAGAUGAACCAUCGUCCGGUUUGGACCCCGAAUCACGACGCCAAUUGUGGACAAUUCUGUUGGAUUUACGAAAAGAUCACACGAUCCUUUUAACAACCCAUUACAUGGAAGAGGCUGAAACAUUGGCCGACAAAAUAUUUAUCAUCGCUUACGGUGAACCGUUGUGCAGCGGCACUUCAAUUGAACUGAAGAAGAAAUAUUCGGUCGGCUACAUCUUGAAGCUACUGACGAAUGAGUCAUUUAAUGAUGACAAGACCAUGGAAACAAUGAAUUUGAUAAACAGAUACAUUCCAGAUGCCAAAAUUAAGGGAUUCAAUACACCGACGUUAAGUGUGACCUUGCCACGAAGCGAUUUCAACAAAUAUGAAACGAUGCUGGAAGAUCUGGAAAAUCAUUUGGCGGGACUGGGAAUCUCAUCCAUCAGUAUCACUAACGCCUCGCUGGAAGAAGUGUUUUUAAGUUGUGAUCCUCGUAUAAUGACGCAAUGUAAUGACUCUGCGGAUGAGGUUGAUUCUACGGCAUACUUUCCCUUAGAUGCAGUACCUAUCGAUCCGAAGGCAGACUACCGCAUCAAACAACGACAAUCGUGGGCCAUUUUCUACAAAAAGCUAAUUUACAUGAGAGAACAGUGGUGCUAUUGGUUCUUAUUGUUUUUGUGUCCAAUUAUCGCAUUGAUCAUAUGCUUCGGAACCAUUCAUUCCAGCAUAACAUACAGAGCACCAACCGAAUCAAUUCAAUUGGACUUGGCGCACAUUAAUCACCCUGAUGUUUUGUUGCUCAUGAACCAUCGAGACCCGCUGUUGCAUCAACGUGCUUUGGAAGAGAUUGUGGAAAAUUACAAUUCGUCGAUGCGGCUACUGGACUCAUCGGUAAAAUCGGUUAAACAAGAAAUGCUGGCCAUCGAAAUGUCCAACAUCACGUACUACAACGAAAGACUGGCCUGCGGUAUCGCUAUGCAGUUUGACAAGCAAGUAGGCACCUAUCUGGUGAACAUUUUGUAUUCGGGAAAUUUUCUGCACAGUUCACCCGUCGCGGUCAACCUCGUUUCGAAUGUGCUCCUUCACAAGGCCACACGCGGUCAAUAUGAAAUUCAUGUCAACAACAAUCCGUUGAUGAGAGAUAAGCUGUCGGUGAAUAAGAGUGAUUUGGAUGUGUUCGUGUUUCUGAUACCGUUCGCAAUGUUCAUGUACAUGCUGUUUUAUGUGAUGCUGCCGUUCAGCGAGGAAGUAACCGAAUUUCGAAAGCUUCAAAAUAUGCCGGCGGCUUGGUUUUGGCUGACGAAUUAUGUAGUCGAUUUGCUCAUCCACGUCGUUUUCACUGGCAUUGUCUACAUAGUGCUCAUACUAUGGGAUACGCAUGACAUAUUCGAACAGGAAGACUACCUUACACUCGCAACGUUGUUGUUGUUUUACGGCAUCGCUUACAUACCGCUGCUCUACAUCAUUGGCCAAUCGUUUGGAUCAAUGUCGAGUCUGUUUUCGUUCUUGUGCUACUUCUUCCUGAUAUUCAGCAUCUGUUCGUCAUUCAUGUCGAGUAGUGAGGACAAUAUGAUCAAAUACGAGACGUACAUACAUCUGUUGCUGUUGUUCCCGGAUUUCACGCUAAGACAUGCCAUGAAUGCCAUGUUCAUCGUCUACACAAAAGCUCAGAUUGCGAAGCAAAGUUCACAUUUCGAGCAUUACUCCAAGGUGGAAUUUUUGCCGGAAACAUCGUCAUAUUUUGAUGCUAGCAGUCCAAUGGAUCUGAAGAAAGUCUACGUUUACUUUACCGUGGUUGCCAUUUGUGGCCUGCUGUUCCUGUUGUUGGUACUUGAAAACAUUUACAUCAAGGAACGCAUUCUGAAUGUCUUGAAGUGUACACAGUGCCGCAAAGGUAGCAAGGCCUCUGUUGAUGUAACUGAUGACGAUGUGAAAGAAGAACACAAACUGACCGAGCUAGUUGUCAAGGAGAAUCAAAUCGAGGAGUAUCCGAUCGUCGUAUCGAAUUUACAGAAAUGUUACGGCGAUGUAAAUGCAGUCAAUGGAAUCAACUUUACUGUGAAGAAGGGUGAAUGCUUCGGUUUGCUGGGCAUGAACGGUGCUGGUAAGACUACAACUUUCAAAAUGAUGACCAGAGACAUAACGAUGAGCAACGGUGAGAUAUAUUUCAAUGGCAUCGGUUGCAAUAAGACCAACGGUCAGGCGAACAACGUGUUUGGAUACUGUCCGCAAGUGGACGCCUUAGAUGAUUUCAUGACGGCAUACGAGAGUCUUAAGUUUAUGGCAUUGAUGCGUGGCCUUGACGGCGAUAGAAUUGACAAGGAAGUCAAACUGAUAAUGGAAAAGACCGAUUUAACGAAAUAUGCUAAUGUUCGAGUCAGCGAAUACUCCGGUGGUACGAAACGUAAACUCAACACCGCAUUGGCAAUGAUCACACAUCCGUCACUCGUAUUUUUGGAUGAACCAACCACCGGUGUCGAUCCGACGUCUCGACGCUUUAUGUGGUCGUGCAUUCAGGACUUUCAAAAGAAUAACAAAAAUAUCGUUUUGACAUCGCACAGCAUGGACGAAUGCGAGUACCUUUGCAACCGGUUAGCCAUUAUGGCACACGGUCAAUUGGAAUGCAUUGGCUCGGUUCAGCAUUUGAAAAAUCGUUACGGAAAAGGAUUUCUACUCAUUGUAAUGAUCAAUGCUGACUGUGAGCCGCUGGAUGUUUCGAGAGUCAAAUCUUAUAUGACGGACUCGUUUGACUGCAUUUUGCGGGAGGAGUAUGCGGGAAAACUGAGCUACAUUGUCAACAAUAGCAAAUACAAAUGGUCGCAAGUGUUCAAUAAACUACAGACGUUCUUACUGACAUUCAAAACCAUUGUGUACGAUAUAUCCGUUCUGGAGACAUCACUUGAGGACAUUUUUCUACAUUUUUCGCGUAGUGUAAGCGGCGGAAGUGGCAAAGGAUCAGCUAGUGGUACUGCUACUAAUCAAAUAGCUAGAAAGACGUCACCAGAGACAGAAAUCACGGUCAGCAGCAUAUAAUUGAAAUAAUCUUUGUUCAACCGGCCGGUAAUGGCCUUACUCCGAAUCAAUUCUACGGUUUUUUGUGGGUAAUCGAAUACUAUUAAGUUUCCUGUGAUAUAGCAACAGUACCGGUACUGCACUGAUUUAGUAAGUAAAUUUGAGCAAAAUUUCAAUCCGAAUAUUUACAUGACAGACAUGACUUCAUUCAAUCGUUGUACGCAUGGUGAACUGAAACGUCCACAUGGGGCAGAAACGUUUUGAAUAUUUUUGGAUUAAAUGUUAACCGAUUAACGAUGGAAUGAGCGCAGUCGUCUGUGAAAUAUUCGUUUGAGUAAAUCAGAUUUCGUUCCUAAUCUCUCAUAUUGAGAUGGUUGUGACAAGUAAAUCCAGUGUGAGUGUGUAGGUACUUCUGACGAAUUUAAAAUUUGCCAAAUUCCCUGUUCAAACGGAUGUGCUAACGAUUUUGAUACUUUUAAAGUUUAAACAUUUUCCGAAUGUUAAAAUCCUAUAUCCGAAUAGACCGUACCCAAUGGCAUUGUUCAAUGAAUGAGUUGUUGACAACAUUUAAUUUGCAAAGUCAUCUUUUCUAGUCACCGAAAGAACUCAUUUUCGCUUCAGUCCACAUUUACAAAUUCUCUGUAAUUCAGAAGCGGAUGGAGUAUUGGACACGGCACAUUGGUUCUAUCUCUCUCACAGACCGAUGUCUGGCCAAGAUCAUAUUCAUUUCGCUGAAAUUUAAAACAAAAUUGACCUUUCGAUUCUCGUAAAAGUUAACGGGGCGGCGAACAGGCCUCGCAUUU